AUGGACCUUAAAUAUCUGAUCCUAAUGAUUGCCUUCGCUACAGUCGAAAUAAAUGUAACCGAGAGUCGACAGAACGACAAAAGACGAUGGAAGAACGACAAGAUUUACUCACACUACGUUAAUAUUUGUGAUAUACAGGACCGAGGGUCCAAAGUUCAUUGUUACUGCGAGAGUAUAAAGAUAAAAACCGCCACAAAGGCCGAUUGUUGGGUAUUCAACGGCGGGAUAGCUGAAGACGAUCCGUUCUGGUCCAAUUUUUAUUCACAACCAAAAAUAGAAAAGUUAACAUUCAACGUCAGAGCCGACGGCGGAUUGACGUACAUACCCGCAAAAGUGAUCGUUAGACUGGAACGAUUACAAUACCUCAACAUACAGUACGCCAACAUCUAUAGUAUACCAUCGUUCGCGUUCACCAACUCGACCACGCUCCGGGAAAUAACCCUGCCCAAGAACAAAAUAGCGAAAUUGGAAAAGAUGUCAUUCGCCCAUCUAAUAAUGCUGUCAAACGUCAGCUUAGUGGAAAAUCAGAUAUCUGAAUUGAAACGGGACGUGUUCUACGUCCUACCCAAUUUGCAGAGGCUGUAUCUGUCGAAGAACAUAAUUAGCGUUCUCCACGACGGAUGUUUCAAACAUCUGAACAAUCUCAUAAAAUUGGACCUCGACAACAAUCAGUUGACAGUUGUCAUUAGGGAAAACUUCCAAGGCCUGUCUAAUCUGAUCACGUUGGAUAUGAGAAACAAUAAAUUAACGAUGAUAGGGGACCUUGCCUUCGCGGAACUUUGGAGCCUUCAAGAACUUUACCUGGACGGCAACGAAAUAGAAUUUAUAUCCGAGAGGGGUUUCGGUGGAUUGACUCAGCUGCGAAAACUUUCGCUGGCCGAUAAUAAGUUGGGGACAUUAGACGACGGAGUGCUCGAUGAUAUUCAAAAGUUGAAUGUUUUGGAUUUGAGGAACAAUAACUUAGAAACAUUGAAACAAGAAGCAGUGCAAAAUGUUUUGGAGAACAUGAAGUCCAAUUAUGCGUUAAUCUCUUUAGACGGCAAUAAGCUGACCUGUGACUGUCGUCUGUCCUGGUUGCACAAGCUCCGCAACGAAACGAAAAGCAAACGUGUCAAAGCUUCACUGUCUCGCCUCAACUGCAUCAUGGACACUAAGACAAACAUAGGUACGUUAAAAAUAGAAAAACCACAAAAAGCUAUUCAAGGGUCAUAUAAAAAAGAGAUAGAUUAUGAAGAAGAAGAAUUCGAAGAGAAGCAUUACGAUGAUGCGAUGCAAGAUCAAGAAACAGACAAUGACGAUGUUAAAAUCGAGUACAAGAGGAAAUUGCUUGAAAUACCAACUGAGAUGCUUCCUUGUCCGAACCGUUUAAUUUACGAGGCAUCGUUUUCACCACCCACCCAAGACGAGGUCAAGUACUACAAGACUUCAUCAAGCCAUAUGCUAGUAGCAACAACACUGAACGUAUUACUCUCCGCACUAGCAAUAUUGUAG